AUGAUGGGGGAGAGAGGAAGAAUGGAGCUGAGCAGGGACCCAAAACACUGUGAGUUUCUGAAUGAAGUCGACAACUGUGUGAAAGACACAUGAGGGAAGUUUUACAGUGUGUUUGUCUGUGGUAGCUGCAAUGUGUUGUUGUUGAGUUGGUUUGAACUAAUUUGACUGGAGAGGUGUGUGAGACUGCUCACUGAAAAAGCAGGAAAUGUUUCCUGACAGUUUUUUAAAAUAAUGUGUCAUGUUAGAUAAAAUCUGAAUGUAUCCAUUUCAACAGGACUGCACACAGUCUUUCUUCCUGAUACUUGAAUUGUCCUACAGAUGGUGCCUCUUCUGAUCAGACUGGCAGUCAAUGAAGCUAACGAAAGUGACUACAGAAGGACAUCAGAGUGGCGCAGUGACCUGUAGUGACAUGUCAGACUGAUACAAAGCAGAUAUUCAAUGAUUUAUCACAGAAGUUGAUAGAACUUGUCUCUGACUCCACUGUUCUAUCACUUCUCAGAGAUGAACAGCACACAACUGCUGGAAACUUCACCCAAAGAGUCUGUGUUUGGUGCCCAGGCUUCCCACAGGAUGCCAUCCACUGUGUCCACUGUACAUGGCAGUGUUUAUGGCCCCUCGCCUCCUCUUGACUUCGCCCUGGGAGCCCUGGCCUGCUGUGCGGCCUGUGUGUUUACCAAUCCUUUGGAGGUUGUGAAGACUCGUCUGCAGCUUCAGGGUGAGCUGCAAGCACGAGGUUCCUACCAGAGACACUACCGCGGAGUCCUCCAGGGCUUAUGGGUGGUGGGCCGCACAGAUGGACUCCGGGGCCUGCAGAAGGGGCUUUCAGUCGGGCUGAUGUACCAGGGUGUGAUGAACGGUGUAAGGCUGGGCUCUUACUCCUACUGUGAAGCUCUGGGUAUCACCUCGUUCCACGGAGGGAGUCUUCUGUCAGGGGCAGGGGCCGGAGCGCUCGGUGCCUUCAUUGCUUCUCCUGCUUACCUGGUGAAGACUCAUCUGCAGGCUCAAACUGUGGAAGCCAUAGCAGUAGGCCACCAGCACAACCAUGUGGGAGUGUUUGAUGCCUUUGUUACCAUCUAUAGAAAGGAGGGUUUAAUUGGCCUUUGGAGGGGAGUGAACGGGGCAGUGCCUCGAGUCAUGGUAGGAUCAGCUGCUCAACUGUCAACCUUCACCUCGGCCAAGGAAUGGGUGUCACAUUCCCAGUGGUUUAGUCCAGGCAGCUGGCUCACGGCUUUGAUAGCUGCCAUGAUCAGCGGAGUCGCUGUGGCAAUUGCCAUGACACCAUUUGACGUCAUCAGUACACGGCUCUACAACCAGCCGGUGGAUGAGUUACGCAGGGGACGCCUGUACCAUGGAUUUUUAGAUUGCAUGCUAAAGGUGUGCCAAUCUGAAGGCCCGGUGGGGUUGUAUAAAGGCAUGGGCCCUGUGUUUUUGCGCUUGGCACCUCACACAAUGCUCAGCAUGCUGUUCUGGGAUGUGAUGAGGCAACAGACUGUGAAGGACAGACAGAGCCAGGGAAGGAACUAAAACACUCCAGAUACCUGCACAUGAUUGACUGGACUCUGUUAUAGCUGUCUCAGUGAUCCAUCAAUUGAUGAAACACUGAAUUUAAUGCUACGGUUUGACAUUUUGGGAAAUGCUCAUUUUCUUUCUCGCCAAGAGUUAGAUGAGAAGAUUGAGACCACUCCUCAAUAAGAAAGUGACAUAGAUCUUCUCAUCUUACUCUCCACCAGAAAAAUGUUGAAGUGAGUCCCAGGGAAAAGUCAUGCUCAAAGGACAGACACUUGAGCAGUAUACAGACUAUUUUUGUUGCAGUGCAGAAGAUGGAUGAACGUUAAAGUACUUGACAAAAGAUGAACAUGUGUUGCACAGACUCAAAGAAACAUUUUGAGAAGUUUCUAUCAAAUAUAUGAAGAAGUAUCAGGGUUUACCUUAAUACCUCAAAUGAUGAAUUUAAAAGUAAUCCGUUGGGCUUUUAAAUGUCUUCUUGAAGCUUAGCUGAAAUGACAGAAGGGGAACUUUCAUGACUUGCAAGCAUAUCAGUGGAAUACUAAUGACCUGAAGAACAAGUCUGGAUUAUUAAAACAUAAGCUCUUUAUUCCAGGUGUUUAGUCCAGUGUGGCUGCUGUUAUGUUUCACAGUGUAAUUCAUAAUUCUAGUUGCCUUGUCUGUUAUAUGUAAAGAAAGAUACCUGAUGGGAAUGUUUUUACUGACAUUUGAACUACUGGUAACUAAUGCCAAGCACAGCAUUUGAUGUGAGGUUUUUAUCACAGAAAUCCUACGGGUACGUCAUGCCUUUGAACAGCAGUCAAUAAUAAUAAUAUUAAUAAUAAUAAAGACAUUUUUGUAUUAAAUGCAAUAAAUAAAUGUGGGUUUUUUGUA